CAGCCGGGAGCGCGGCCCGUCGCUGCACACUCGCGCCCCGCCACCCGCAGGGCAGGUCCGGAGGUGAGUGGAGAACCAUGACAUUGGAACCCUCCCAAAGAGGCCUUCUGAUGCUCCUGAUGGCCUUAGGCCUGACCGAGGGUGACCCUGUGAAGCCCUCUCAGGACCAGCUGGUGACCUGCAGGUGUGAAAGCCCCCACUGCAGGGGUCCUACCUGCCAGGGGUCCUGGUGCACAGUAGUGCUGGUUCGGGAAGAAGGCAAGGACCCCCAGGAGCACCGGGGCUGCGGGACCCUGCACCAGGAGCUCUGCAGGGCACGUGCCACAGAGUUUGUCAACCACUACUGCUGCUACAGCCCCCUCUGCAACCACAACGUGUCCCUGGUCCUAGAAGCCACGCAAACUCCCGAGCACUGGAAAGUGGACGGCCAGUGGCCUCUGAUCCUAGGCCCCGUGCUGGCCCUGAUGGCCCUGCUGGCUCUGGGCGCCCUGGGCCUCUGGCAUGUCCGGCGGAGGCAGGAGAAGCAGCCAGGGCUGCUUAGCAAACUGGACGAGUCCAGCGUCAUCCUGAAGGCAUCCGAGCAGGGAGACAGCAUGCUGGGGGACCUCCUGGACAGCGACUGCACCACGGGCAGCGGCUCGGGGCUGCCCUUCCUGGUGCAGAGAACAGUGGCACGACAGGUCGCCCUGGUGGAGUGCGUGGGAAAAGGCCGCUAUGGGGAGGUGUGGCGGGGCCUGUGGCAUGGCGAGAGCGUGGCGGUGAAGAUCUUCUCUUCGAGGGACGAACAGUCCUGGUUCCGGGAGACCGAGAUCUACAACACAGUGUUGCUCAGACAUGACAACAUCCUAGGCUUCAUCGCCUCUGACAUGACCUCCCGCAACUCCAGCACGCAGCUGUGGCUCAUCACGCACUACCACGAGCACGGCUCGCUCUACGACUUUCUGCAGCGGCAGACGCUGGAUCCCCAGCUGGCCCUGAGGCUCGCGGUGUCCACGGCCUGCGGCCUGGCGCAUCUGCACGUGGAGAUCUUUGGCACCCAGGGCAAACCGGCCAUCGCCCACCGCGACCUCAAGAGCCGAAACGUGCUGGUGAAGAGCAACCUGCAGUGCUGCAUCGCCGACCUGGGCCUGGCGGUGAUGCACUCGCAGGGCAGCGAUUACCUGGACAUCGGCAACAACCCGCGGGUGGGCACCAAGCGGUACAUGGCCCCGGAGGUGCUGGUGGAGCAGAUCCGCACCGACUGCUUCGAGUCUUACAAGUGGACCGACAUCUGGGCCUUUGGCCUGGUGCUGUGGGAGAUCACCCGCCGGACCAUCGUCAACGGCAUCGUGGAGGAUUACAGGCCACCCUUCUAUGAUGUGGUGCCCAAUGACCCCAGCUUUGAGGACAUGAAGAAGGUGGUGUGUAUUGACCAGCAGACCCCCACCAUCCCCAACCGUCUGGCUGCAGACCCGGUCCUCUCAGGCUUGGCUCAGAUGAUGCGGGAGUGUUGGUACCCCAAUCCCUCAGCACGCCUCACGGCACUGCGGAUCAAGAAGACACUCCAGAAAUUCAGCAACAGUCUCGAGAAGCGGAAAGUGAUUCACUAGCCGCGGCCUGGGGCGGCUGCCUGCAGGGGCGGCGGCUGGAGCGUGGACGGUGGUGUGGGUGUGUGUCCUGGGGAGGGGGUACCCCUCUAGGGGUGGCUGUGCCUGCCCAGCUGGGCCCCUAGCCCAUCUAGCCAAAAAUACAGCUGGGCUGAAACCUGAUCCCCUGGCUGUCUGGUCUGCUCCAAGCAGCAGGCUCCCUGACGCCGAUUCCCCCCCACACACACACCCUGGGUGCACCCCCUCCCACUGUAUCCUCACCAGCACAUGAUGCAGAAAAGGCCUCAGCCCCCAGGAAAAGCAGCCAGGGAAUCCCAGGCCAACGCCCAAGCUUGGGCUCCACUUUACCCUCUGCCCUCAGCCAACCCCACGUCCCCACCAAGCUGCCAGAGUGGCACAGGGCCUGGUCUGGGCUUCGGCAGACACCCUGUCCUGCCAGGCCGAGCCUCUGGCACAAGCCACAGACACCCAGGACCCACCAGUUUCUUUCUGUGGGUUUGUAUCUCGGUCCCAUGACGCCUGGGGCCUCUGUCAUCCAGACAAGAUCCCAGCUAGUUGAUGCCAGCUGCCUGGUCAGCCGGGCCCCACCCACAUCCUAGCUGACUUAUGCAGGCUUCACCCAGUGGUUCCUGCUGAGGGUGUGGCAGGGUCACAGGCCAGUGGACAGGCGGCAGGUAAGACAGGCCAGGACUCUCAAAGUCCUAAGACCAAGCAUGACCAGGCAAAAGCUCAGUCAGGAAGCAGGAAGCCGCGUCUGGUCCUGGGGGCUUGAUAGAAGGCAAAAGGAAUGAGGCAGUCACUGUCCCUGGACCGUCUUUCUUUGCCUGCCUGUUGAAAGACUUGAUCUUGAUGUCCUUUGAGGUGCUUCAGCUCUCAUUUUCCUCGAAGUUUCAGCCUGUGUCAGAGCUCAGCUGACCGUCACUCUGCUCUCUCUCCUAGCCCCUGGCAAGAUGCCUCAAGAUGGGGACUGGAAAUUAACAUUAUCUGAAGCCGGGUCUGAAACACUCCUAGGCCAGCUCUACAAGCUCCGGCUCUUGGCUGACCCCCUCAGUGGUCAUCCUUGGGUUAGACAGUCCUGGGCCUUCUCGCCAACGCAGUGACCGCCUCUGUGGCUUAGCCCCUGGUCUGGGCCCCAGAGAAGAACCUAGUGGCUCUAGGGAAACACACACAGUCUGGCACUGGGAAGCAUUGCGGGUGAAUGUGCACUCUGAGGCCGUUACCCUUGAGCCCUGGACAGCCAGAUGGGUUGGAGGGGGUUGGUCAGGAGUGUGGGCCACAGAGCCAAGGUUGGAGGGAACUGGCCACCUAGCCACCAGCCCGGCGGAUAGGAACCGCCACGGGAGAUGAAGAAAGCACAGCCUCCUCCCCUCCUGCAUAAAUGACCCAGCACAACCUCGGGCAGGCAGGCUUCUCGAAUGUUUCUUGCACUGUCUCUGGCCCUUUCCCAGGCCUGCUCCCAGCGUUGUGCAAUAGGAGAACCAGGAAGCGAAACUGGGUGACAUGGGAGAGCUGCACCGACCUGCUGCCUGCCCAGUCACCAUUCUGCUUCCUGGCAGAAUGUCGUGUUUGUGUGUGUGUGUGUGUGUGUGUGUGUGGUCACUCGAGCUGUGGUCACACGGCCCAGCAGCCCAUGUCCAGUGGACUACAGAGCAAAGUCUCCUGAGAGGCCAAGUCAGCUAUGGAGGCAGCAGCUCCCUGGGGCUGGAAAACCCCUGGGAGGAGGAGUGAGGCAGAGUAACUGGGGGAGGCCCAGUGAAGGGAGCCAGGGGCCCCGAGGGAGGGAGGGAGGCAGUGGGGAGAGCAGGCUGGUGCAGGCGGGUUAUGUAAGGCUGAAAUCCCACUUCUCUUACUGCAAUGCUGUUUGUGGGAGCAUUUAGCACGUGCUUGGCACAUCGUAGGUCCUCAAUAAACCAAGGA